AUGUUUUUAGUUAGGCAGAAGGAAGUUCCAAGAACAGCCGACCACGCACCACAGAAGACCAUCUACCUCUUCUCAGUCAACCUCGCCACCAUCGCUCGCAUGCUGCUCGAUAAGUGCUACAAAGCGGGAGCCAACCUGAUCCACAGACGAAUACACGCAUCAUUGGCCAACAAACGAACAAUCGACAAGCAGAAGCGCCUGGAGAUCAUCCUCACACAAAUCGAUGCCGAUGACGCCGAGCAGAGGAGGGAACUGGAGGAGCAGAUGACGCCUGCCGAGAGAGCGAUCGUCACAAACUGCAAACAAAUGCAGGAUGUGUAA